AUGACCACAGAGAAGCCUACUCUAACAUCUAUCAAGAAGAUCAAUGAUCUUGAUAGCAUAAGAUAUGCAAUGGCUCAUGUUUUUCAAGACGCCCAAUUAAGUUUAUCGGGACAUAGGAAAUUAGUUAUUGUCUUGAAGAACAUACAGCAACGAGCAAUUAGUUUGGGAUAUGAAGAAGGUUUUACAUUGAAAUUUGUUAAGCUACUCAAUAAAAUAUUGCCUUUGAAAAAGGGAGAACAAGUGGCAGAUAGAGUAGCCAAAUUUUGCUCCAUGUUUGUCUCAUCGUUGUAUAAGGACGAGGAAAUUGUGAAAGACAAAAAGAAGAAUGGUAAAGAAAACGACAGCGAUAUGUCAUCCGAAGAUUCUGAUUCUGAUUCUGAGGAAGAGACACCUGCUGGAAGGUUUGUUGAUUAUUUAUUGCGCCAUUUAUUAAGAGGUAUUCAAGCUAAAGAUAAAAAUGUGCGGUACAGGGUCGUUCAGUUGUUGGCUUACAUUGUUAAUUAUAUCGGAGAGAUUGACGAAGAACUAUUUAAAGCCUUACAUUGGUCAUUAAAUCGAAGAUUAUUUGACAAAGAAGCAAAUGUAAGAAUUCAAGCAGUUGUAGCUAUAUCUAGCUUCCAGUAUAUUAAUUUAACCGAGGAAGGUGAAUAUUCAGCAGACAAUCAGGUUAACAAAGCUACCCAGAGCUUGUUGAUAGCAAUCCAAAAUGAUGAUAGUGCAGAAGUUAGAAGAGCUGCAUUGUUGAAUUUAGCCAAAAAUCAAGUAACUAUUCCAUUUCUUUUGGAACGUGCGAGAGACGUAAAUUCCAUAAAUAGAAGAUUAGUCUACUCUAGAAUCUUAAAAGAAUUGGGAGAUUUCAGGGAUAUUGAUUUUCAAUUACGAGAGAAUUUAUUAAAAUGGGGAUUGAAUGACAGAGAUGAUAGUGUUCAAAAGAGUGCAAUAAAAAUGUUUAGUAGUACCUGGUUAGAUAUUGUUGAUAAUGAUUUAAUUGAAUUAAUCGAAAACUUGAAAGUUGUCGACAGUGAUAUAGCUGAUACUGCAAUGAUGACUUUUUAUAGAGAAAGAGCCGAUAAAUUAUCCAGCAUUGAAAUUUCGGAGAGUAGUUGGAAAGAAUUGACAACUGAGAAAGCAUUUUUAAUACGAACGUUUUAUGAACAUUGCAAUGAAAACAAUUUAUACGACUUGAUAGAAAAGAAUUUUCCAGAAUCUAUUGAAUUGGCUGAUUUACUAUACAAGUAUCUUAAUUUGAGAAAGCAAAUUAUAGAUUCAAAUAGUGAACUCAUCGAAGCUUAUGAAUCAUACAAAACAUCUUUACAAGAAGUUGAUUCGAAAUCACAACAGAUCCAAUAUGAAGAACAUGAACUAUUUCAAGAUAUUGACAACAUUGAAGAUUCCAAGGAAAAAAAGCAAAAGAUUUCACAAGCAAAAAAGCUCAAAAAAGAAUUUCAAAAGCUCGCUAAUGAAAAGAAGCAGUUGAUGGAAGGUAACAAAGAGAUGGAUGAAGAGUAUACUACAUUUCAUGAACAAUUAAAGGAUUUAGAGUUUGUUAUCCAGCAAUUAUUAUUGAUUUCCAAGCAAUAUGAUUUCAGCGAUGAAAUCGGGAGACGUAAGAUGUUGCAGAUUAUUAGAUCCUCCCUCGCAAACGAUAAAUUGACUGAUAAAUUAAUUGAAAGCUCUCUAAAGGUGUUGAGAAAAAUUUCUAUAAAUGAGAGAGACUUCUUAGCAAUGUGUACAGAAAUUGUGACUGAUAUUCGUGACUCUUAUAUGGAUGAGAAUGACGAAGAUACUUUUCACUCUGCUAUUUCCGGUUUCCGCAAUAGUGAUAGUGAAGACGAAGAAGACGAAGAAGAUAAUGAUAAACAAGAAAUUGGCGAUAAUACAGACGGAAGUAAAAAGGGAAGCCAGCCACAUAAGAAGCGUAAGACGGAACCUAAACAGGCCCCAGAUGAUAUUAUAAUUCAAUGCUUAUUAAUUACUCAGCAUUUAUUAGAACUUACUGAAGAAUCAUUGGAGAAUAAUUAUUCUUUAGGAUCUUUAAUCGAAAGCUUAGUACGCCCGGCAGUACUAAGAAAUGAACAGCCAGUUAUAAGAUCUUUGGGGUUGAAAUGUUUAGGAUUGUUUUCAUUAUUAGAGAAACAGCUUGCGAUUGAGAACUUAUACUUAUUCGGUAUGGCAGCCACGAAAGCUGAUGAAGAAUUACGUAUAAUUUGUGUAAAGAUAAUUGUUGAUAUAUUAUCUACUUACGGAGUUUCAGUCUUGGAUAUUGAGGGAGGAGUAGAUUCUCUUUCUUUGGCAAGACUAUUUUAUAAAAUCUUAAGGAUAUAUGAGAUGCCGAACUUACAGUGUGUUGUUGCUGAGGGACUAUGCAAAUUAUUUUUGGCUGACAUAUUGACUGAUUUUGGUAAGAGUGAAAAACUUAAUGCUAAUGAGGAUGAGGAAGAGGCAAUUGACGAAGAUGAGGAUGAGGAUGAAGAAGAAGAUGACGAUGAUAUGGAAAUGAAGGAAAGGAAAGCUAGAAAAAGGGGAGCUAGAGAAAAGAAAAAGGAAGAAGACCAAGAAAAACAAUUAUUUGAAACUUUGAUUUUAACGUAUUUUCAUCCUUUGAAUACAAGUAAUCAUGCGUUGAGACAAACUCUAGCUUUUUGCAUUCCUGUCUAUGCCUUUAGUCAUCCAACUCACCAGGAUAAAGUCGCUAGUAUAAGUGGAGACUGCUUCUUUAGAAUGUUUAGAGAAGGUGGUGAGUUUUCAAAGUAUGAUAAUAUUGCACCGGCUACUUCAAUCAUUCAACAAUUGAUUCACUGGUGUGAUCCAAACAACCUUGUUAAUUUGACGCAAGUUGAGAUAAAAAAGUCACCAGCGCAUUUUUGGCAAUCUAUGGGAUUUUUGCAAGCGAUCGAACAAGACACACCUAAGAAUAUUAAGAAAAUCAUUAUAAACAAUUUAAACAAGCUUUACAUCACAGAGGAGCUUGGGUCCACGAUCCUAAAAGGUCUUUUAAACGCAAUAGAGGAUACAAAGUCUAUGAUCGAGUCUAGCCAGCAUGACCCUGACUUUAUAUUUGAUGCCUUAACUGAAAAAAAUUUUGAUAAAUUCCAUCAAUCGAUAAAGGACUUGAUCUACAAGGCUGAACAAAUUGAAGCCGAAAGCUCGAAGAAUGAACAAAAGAACCUGUUUAUCUCAGAUAAGAGUUUUCAACUGACUAAUUCUCUAGUUAUAGACAAAGAUGCAUUACGUGAAUUGGACGAGUCCCCCGAAGAUAAGCAUGAAAAAUCAAGCCCGGGUGAAGCUACAGCAUCAAACGAGGAUGUAGAAAGGAGGGAAGAGAGUUUACACGAAAUUGACAAAAUGCUUGAAGAGGAAGAAAAUGUCGAUUAUAAUCUCGCAAUAGAUACAGAUUAG